UGAUGUGUCACGCUUGCUUUCGGUCAACAAUCGUUUAGAGCUGAUUGUGAAUGAGUGUUUGCCAAGCGAGAUGAUAAACAAUCUCGGAACUCUUUGUCUUUUGGUGGCAGGUGGUGUUUAAAAAAUGCUAAUAGAAAAUGACAGAUCUUCGGAUGUUCGAAGCACAAGAAAACAUCGCACUGUGAAGCAAGCAAAGGGAAACCAGGUGUUUCAAGUGAGAAGCGCAUUCGUUGGUAAGCAGCGAGGCGGUCGACUUAUCCUCCAAUUUCACUGCCAAAAUUGAUCAUCGCAGUGUUUCGUCGGCGAAAGCCCUAAAAACGUUAUCAAUUACAACGAAAAAGCCGCAAAUUAAGGGCACCAGGCGCAAAAAUCUCUCUUCUCCAGCCUCCAUGUGUGAUAUUGCGGCGGUGAAUUUGGUAUAUGCACAGUCCAUGGGAUCUCUUAACUACAAUUCAAGUAUUUCGAAAGAAUCAACCAGCGAGGAAACUGAGGAGCCGAAAACACCAGCAGCGGCUCAAGAAGAAGAAAGUGAAGAAAACGUUGCAAGCGGGAAAAAGAAGAGAGGACAAAGUGUUAAAAAAUCCCGCUCUAAGCUUAAAAAGGCAUUGUCUUGGCGUCAGUCAAACAGAUCACGUCGAUUAAUCGCAAAUGCAAGAGAGCGCUCCAGAAUUCAUAUUAUGAGUGAGGCUUUCGAAGGAUUAAGACGAGCUGUGCCCAGCUAUUCCAGUGAUCAGAAGCUUUCUAAGCUCGCAAUAUUGAGGUUGGCAACGAGCUAUAUCUCGGCAUUGUCUUAUUUGGCAGAGAACGAUACAUCUACGAAAUCACUUAAACAUUUCGCCGAGUGCGUCGAUAAAUGUACUCAAGCUUUGCAAACGGAAGGCCGAACAAGGCGAAAAGAGGCGAAAAAGACAGUCAGUGAAGACAUAAUUAUUGACUGACGUGGGCACUCAAUACAGACAUAAAUAUUCAUAUUUCGUUCCAAGUGUCAGCGACCUCCUACGGUGACAGUUAAAAGAAAAAGACAAGAAACAGAAAACAAGAGUUUUAAGUCAAUCAUUAAAAUAAGUCAAAACGAAUGAAUUAUCUUAGUCUGUAUCAAUAGCUUACCUGCAAAAUCGAAAAAGAAAAUUAUAUAUAUUUUAUCUGUAAAUAAUCAAGUUACGUAAAGCGGAAUUGUGUAAGGUCGAACAAGUUGUGGGAAGGUUAAGAUUAAAAUAUCAUUUGGAUUAA